AGUCAGUCAGUCUGGGUUCGUUCGUUCGUUCGUUCCCUCUGGUGGCCAAACGCCACCAACCGACCAAAUUCAGAAUCCUGAAAUCUUGCUUCACCCGGAUCUCAUGGCGACCAAAACGGAAUUACCCGAUCCAGUGGACUCGGCCACGCCCAUGGAUCAAGACGACGAAGACAGUGGUGAUGGGGGCGGGCAGUACUUUGUCGACCAAGCCACCGGUCAGUACUACUACCAAUCCCAAGAUGGCGAAACCAUGACCGUGGUUCAAGCCGGGGAUGACGACGAGGGCGGACCGGAAAUCACGCCCAUCGCCCUGCCUGAAGAAGACUCGCCCAAAGUGGGGGUCAAAGCCACGAGCAAAGCCUCGACCUCCACGGCGGCCAAAGGCCGCAGUGAAGGUCAGGUGGUGCUGAAUUCCGGAGGCGACGAAUUCCAGACCGUGCACAUUGUGCCGUCGGAUGCGGGCGGGAAUGAGGUGUCCUAUGUACUGAUCGUGCAGCCGCAGGAUGGGAAAGGGGGCGGAAAAGGCGGGGCGGGAGGCGGGCAACGCGAGGACGGGGGUGCCGAGGGUGGCGUGUACGAUUUUGAUGCCGACGAGCCCGGGGACUUUGAUGAGGACGACUUUGAGCUCGAGGGCAAGGAUAAGGUGGCCAAAACCUUGGUGAAGCGCUCACAAAUAGUCGUGCAAAAGCACAUGUGUAACUAUUGCAACUACACCACGCCCAAACGAUACUUGUUGUCCAGACACAUGAAAUCCCAUUCUGAAGAGCGGCCCCACAAAUGCUCUGUGUGCGAACGAGGGUUUAAAACUUUGGCCUCGUUGCAAAACCAUGUCAACACCCACACAGGUACGAAACCGCAUCGGUGUAAAUUUUGCGAAUCCUGUUUCACGACGUCGGGCGAGUUGGUCCGUCAUGUGCGAUAUCGUCACACCCACGAGAAACCCCAUCGAUGUACUGAGUGCGACUAUUCAAGUGUGGAGUUGAGCAAGCUCAAGCGCCACAUGAGGUGCCACACCGGAGAGCGACCCUAUCAGUGUCCGCAUUGCACUUACGCCAGUCCGGAUACAUUCAAGCUGAAGCGUCAUUUGCGGAUUCACACUGGAGAAAAACCCUACAAAUGUGACAUCUGUCACGCCCGCUUCACGCAGAGUAACUCGUUGAAGGCCCAUCGGCUGAUUCACACCGGAGACAAGCCUGUUUUUCAAUGCGAGCUGUGUCCCACCACGUGCGGACGGAAAACCGAUCUCCGUCUUCACGUACAGAAGCUCCAUACGGCGGAGCAACCCAUGCAUUGCAAGAUGUGCGGUAAAUCCUUUCCGGAUCGCUACACCCUCAAGGUUCAUAAGAAGACCCACGAGGGCGAGAAAUGCUUCAAGUGCGACUUGUGUCCGUACUCGUCGAUAUCGCAGCGCCAUCUCGAGUCCCACAUGCUGAUCCACACGGAUCAAAAGCCAUUCCAAUGCGACCAAUGCGAUCAGAGCUUCCGCCAGAAGCAGCUCUUGAAACGCCACCAAAAUCUCUAUCACAAUCCCAAUUACAUCCCACCCAUGCCAAAGGAGAAAACUCAUGAAUGUCCAGAAUGUGCCCGCUCAUUCCGGCACAAGGGCAAUUUGAUCCGACACAUGGCCUUGCACGACCCCGAGUCCACAGCCCAAGAAAAGGCCAUCGCCCUAAAAAUUGGCCGUCAGCGGAAGAUCCAAAUCGUGAACGGCCAAGCCGUGGAGGUGUUCACUUGUGACGAUGAAGACGAUGAGGAGGAGUACGAAUAUGAAGACGAGGAGGACCUGGACGAGCCUUCUCCCUCUGCCGAUGCAGAUGCUGAGGGUGCCCCUGCCGCUGCCAAAGACAGUAGUGGAACCAUGAUGUCAGUGCAGGGACAGGAUGGACAGCAUUAUGUAGUAUUAGAGGUCAUUCAAAUGGCCGAGGGUGAAGAAGGCGCCCAAGGCGAAACGGUGGCCAUCAAGAGCACGCCGGAAAUCAUUGAUGGGGGCGUGAGCGGAGAGCAGUUAAAAUCCACGGAAUCCCUCCUGGAGGCUCGAAAUGCCAUGCCCAAGGCCCCGGCUCCUACCCAAGGUACUUCGAAGCAGGUCGAUGAGAAGGCGGACGUCAAGAAACAGGAUGAUGUGGAUAAUUGCUUAGGCUUUGACGAGGAUGAUGAUUAAAAGUGAUGAAAAGAAGUGAAUGAAGAUGCUUGCUGUACAGAGUUUUUUUGAGUUGUCCUCAAUGACAUGGAAAAUAUACGCGCAUCCUAUUAA